AUAAGCGCGCUGUGUUUCUUGAAAGAUGAUUGAAGAAGAAAGCAUAGUGCAUAUAAACGAAAGAAGGAGAGAAAAAGAAUCACAGCGCUGAUAAAAUAGAAAAGAAGGAAAAAAAAAUUGAUGCCAGAAAAUAGCAUGGAGUUUCAAGGUUUCGCUACAGUGGAUGAAGUCAUGGCACUUCUUCAACAAGAGUGGACUCAAGAGAUUCCAUUACACAAUGGUUUCCCAAUUCAAACUCCACCCAUGUUGACACCAAAGAUUGAGGUCUCAGCUUUGACGCAGAAGAAGAAGAAGAAUAGCUGCAGAAGAUGGAGAGGAGAAGAACACAGGUUGUUUCUUUCUGGGCUUGAGAAGUAUGGAAGAGGAGACUGGAAAAACAUUUCAAGAAUGGUUAAAACGAGGAGCGCCACUCAGGUUGCCAGCCAUGCCCAGAAAUAUUUUAUUCACUUGGCCUCAGACAAAAGAAGUAAAAGAAGAAGUAUCCACGACGUAACAUGAUGAGAUAUAUGUUGUUUAAGACAAGAGAAGGAAUUGUCUGAGAUUUUGUUCUUGAAUGUAGACAUUUAUAUGCAAUGAGAGUGGCUUAUCUGGUAUUGUUAGAUACGAUUCUGGGUUUAUAUGCAAUGAGUUAAAGAUUAUUGUCCUUAUUCUCAAAUAAAGGAUUCUACUUUAACAAGAAUUAUAUUCUUCUAUGAAGAAGAUAGGUAGUAGUAGGAGAAGAGAAAUGGAAUGUGUCACUGUUACGAUAUGUAGUGAAAGCUUUCACAAUUGGCAUCGGUUAUUUAGAAAA